AUGGUUAGAAUCAGAGGAGGGUCUACCAGUGCUGGACGGUCCUUUAGCCUUAGAGAUGAGGACAUUGAGAUUGUGGAACCAUCUACUCAAGCACCCAAAAAGAAAAUUGUGACCCGUGGUGGUAAAGUGAAGCAAACUGCCCAAAGAAAAUUGGUUACUCCAACUGCUGAACCAUCUGAUGAGCAGAUGGAAGAGCAGAACUCUGAAGGAAACAUUGUUGGUGGAAAUGAGGAACCAGAGCAGGCUACCCAGGGUGAUGAAACUAUCACAAGGACAUCUGGUAAAAGAAAGAGAACUGCAAGAAGGAAGAGCACUCCCCAAUCCAAGAAAAAGCAAUCUGCUGAUUCCUCUGUUGAUCAGCAGGAUAAAGGAAACAUUGUUGAGAAUCAGCAAACACCUGAACCCUCCACUAGGAAGUCUCCAAGGACAAGAUCUGAGGCUCAAAAUGUGGGAGCAUCUGCCACACAAACCUCGAAAGGGAAACGCUCUGGAAAGAAUCCAGUAUCUCAGCCCGUAACAGAACCCACUUCUCUUCCAAAAUUCAUUGAUGAUGAACCCAAAGAUAGAUUUGAGUUGUUUCUGCUCAAAAUUAGCACUGAUAGUCGUAGAAAGCUCUCUUAUGGUAAAUUUCUGACUCCUAUCUUUGCCCAUUUUGAAAUACCUUUUUCUGAAAAAUCACCCAAAGACAGUGCUUCAACAGUCUUUUCAAAAGCUUAUUUUGAAAGAAAGAACUUAAAAUUCUUUGAUGGCCAUUGGUGCUAUAAGGAGACUGUGGCUGAGUCUAUAAGAAAAAACUUUCAUGAAAUCCCUGUCACUCCUAGAACUUCUCGUGGUCAGUCAGACUAUGUCUCUCCUUUCACCAUUCAUCCUAGAAAGUCUAUCAGCAAGUCCUUCUCUUCCAAUUCUGAGGUCAUCUCCUUGCUUGAAGACCUCAAACAUCAUGUUUCGCUUAUUGAAGAUGAGCCAAGACCUGAGCCCACAGGGAAAACUACUGGUACUGAGGCCACACCAGCUUCCAACUCUCAGCCCAAGGAUAAAGGCAAGGCUCCAGCAACUGAGGAAGCAUAUGAAGACGACGAUGAAGAAACUGAGGAAGAAGAGGACCCUGAACAGUUUCGUCUGGCCAGGAGGAGGCCUGGAUCAUCUAAAAUCACUAUCUAG